CACAACACCGAACACCCUCACCCUCACCCAUCAGUGGAAACAAACGUGGAUGGGAUGGCUCCUCUCGCUGGCUGGCGAUCUGAUGUACUCACGGACUCACAGGUGACUGACUUUGACUGACGUGCAUACAGAGCAGAGCAGACACUGCGAAGCUUCACUUCGCAGGCCCUGACCAGUCAGUCACCUGCCUGCCCUCAUCGUGGCUGGCGGGCUACCUACCGAGAAAACAGAAUGCCAUGCCCGACUGCCCGCCUGGCUGGCUGGAAAAGGGGGUGGCACCACACACACACACACGCACACACACACACACACGCAGACAGUAAGUAGUCAGUCACCCGAUCCGAUGAGGGAGGGAUACAUACGCACACGCGCAUCGACCGUUUUGCUACAGGCAGACACACGCCUGUCGGUCUGUCUGUCGGUCUUUCUCUUUGUCUAUGCGGCGGCCGUCUGUGUGGCGGCGGCUGGUGCCGAUUUCGCCAUGGCCUUGGCCGUCUUCUUCUCGGCCUCCUUCAUCAACACCUUGCUCCAAUCUGAGCGCACCACCGGCAUAACACAGCAACUUGACUCUGUGUGUGCGGGUACCCAUCAUGUGAUCAUGCGAUCGUGCGAAGAAGCUGUCUUCAUUCAAGUACCUACCCGUGUUAUAAUUGGCCUCGACCUCGGCCUUCAUCUUCUUGAUCGCCUCAGCAGGAUUCAAACCUGCACACCACACCCACCGCACACCGAUAUUCACCUCACCGUCAAUCAAAUUCCGUGUGUUUCUGCUGUGGCGUGUGUACCCUUUGGGCAGCAGACGGUGCAGUUCAUGAUCCCGUGGCACCUGUAGAGCUUCAUGGUGUCGUUGAUGGCCGCCAACCGCUCAGUCGUGUACUCGUCACGGCUGUCUGCUAUCCACCGAUAGGCCUGCACUCACACACACGCACACACACACACUCACACACACGUCACGGGUGUUCGAGUGACCUGUCUGACCACCCCGGUCGGUCAGUCAGUCUGCACAACUCAAUUCGUGUGUGUGUGUGUGUGUGAGUGAUUGCCUGACCUGCAUGAGUACGGCGGGUCCGAGGUAGUAGUCGGGGUUCCACCAGUAGGAGGGGCAUGACGUCGAGCAACACGCACACAAGAUGCACUGCAGACACACACGGGGUGGCAACGGAGGGAGGGAAGGGCAAGACACAACACAACCAGUGAGACCAAGAAAACCAACAGUGAUUGAUGGUCGAGUCGACCCACCCACCUCGUACAUGCCGUCGAGCUUGGCUCUGUCCUCCUUCGACUGCAGAUACUCCUUCUGGCCAGGCGCCUGACCCAACACCACAUCACAUCACACACCACACACAUCCGUUAGCCACCCCACCGCCCAACACCCUACUACCUACCUUUGGGGUCUUGCGCUUGAGCCACGGUUCGAUGCUCUUGUACUGGUUGUAGAAGUUGGUCAUGUCGGGCACCAGGUCCUUGAGCACAUACAUGUGGGGCAGCGGCUGCACCUCGAUGGGCGAAGGGCCCUGCGGGAUGGCCGUGAGGCAGGCCAGGCCGUUCUUGCCGUUGAUGUUCAUGGCGCACGACCCGCAGAUGCCCUCGCGGCAGCUGCGGCGGAAGGUCAGGGACGGGUCGACGUCGUCCUUGAUCUUGACCACCGCGUCCAGCAUCAUCGGGCCGCACGUGUUGAGGUCCAGCGUGUACUCCUGCAUCUUCGGCCGCUUGUCAGUCUCGGGGUCAUACCUGCCAGGUGGGGGGGAUCACCACACACACAGAACGAGAAGGGACACAUGUGAUGGGAUGGUUCCCCUGUCCUCCUCUGUCAAUGCUCUGUUCCAGCUCUAUGUGGCUGGCUGCAGCCAGGGAGGCAGGAAGGCAUCUCUGCUCUCUCUGCGUGUGUGCGUGUGUGUUCGCGUGUCUUACCGGAAGAUUUUGAACUUCUGCAGCCUGGGUGUCUUCGUAGCGACGGCCGUCGCGAACGGGCGAGCAGCCUGAGCCACCACCUGACCUCCCAGGGCAGCCAGCGGACGCGCACCUCUCGUCAACAUCCUCAACACCACCUCAAACAACACAAAACAGCCUGCUCACGGCUCUCACUCAAAAGUCAGCGGAACAGCCUAUUGCGUGGCCAAGGCACGUUUGGUUCUAUCCUUG